UAACCGUGCGAACUAACCGGGUGCGCUGUGUCAUCUAAUGUUGCGAAAUUCGGGCUAGUGAAUAUUCAAGUGCACUAUUCGGAGUAUUUUCCAUCGAAUUCUAUUAACGAAAGUUGCUAAGUGUGCAGUCUAGCAAAAUGUCCCGCGCUCAGGAUGCAGUGGCCUUGUUGCGAUCCCUGAAACUGGUGGCUGAAGCAUCAACCAAAACGCAUAGUGAAUUUGCCCGUCACCUGUGGGCCAAUUCGAGUGUUCGAGAACUGCUCGAGCAGCAGCUUCGGCAGGGGGAGGACACGGUGAAAAAAAUCCUCCAGAAUCCCAAUCAGGAGCUGGAAAAGGCCGGGGGACUCCUAAAGGAAACCCUGGAACGGACGGCUGUGGUGGCGGAAGGAUUAAAACAACUGACUGCCAUGUCGAUGCCAAAGGUGGGUCCCGCUGCCGGAUCCGGACCGUUAGGUUUCGCUUCAGCCAGUGGAGGUAGCCAGGCACACCAUCAACACGAGGCAAACCCGAUGGGGAAAACUUCGGAUAUAGGUAAUUUAGACAUCUCUCAAAUCACGCUCAAGGAGCUGGAAGCAAUCCUCUCGGAGCAUAACAGAAACCGCCAGGUCAAACUAUCACUCGAUGGAGCUAAACGCAAGCAACCCGCGGAACCGAAAAGAGUUCAGGAUCUAGCAGAUCCACCUUCGACUCCCCCACCGAAAUCUCCCGAACUCAAACCGUCUCAAACCGCAACGAGAGACGAACAGCAAGUCGCAAAAAUGUUAAACUUCGUUUCAUCUUACAAACCAACCGCUUCGAGCUUGCCGAGCCAAUCUCCGCCCCCAUCCCAAGCGCCCAUAGAGCUACCUCAGCUGAGCACGGUUGCCAAACAGCGAAAAGUUCCGUCAUCCCGAGUGGCGCGUCUCGCCUCCUUCGGGGGUCUCUUCGCUGGCUUAGGACUCGGCACGGUGAGCGAACUUACCAAGGGUGCACUCGGACUGGGUGGCACUACGGACCCUAAGGAAGCCCUGUUCAGUCCGAACAACGCCGAACGGAUCGUGGACACACUGUGCAAAGUUCGCGGAGCAGCACUCAAGCUUGGUCAGAUUCUCAGUAUUCAGGACUCGAACGUGGUUUCACCGCAACUGGUGAAUGCAUUCGAGCGGGUUCGACAGGCAGCAGAUUACAUGCCGGAUUGGCAGGUGGAGAAGCAGUUGGUCGGCGAGCUGGGAGAGGACUGGAGAAAGAAGCUUGCCAGCUUUGAUCAGAAACCGUUUGCGGCGGCUUCUAUUGGCCAGGUGCACCGAGGAAUACUGCAUGAUGGGACGGAAGUCGCCAUCAAGAUUCAAUACCCAGGAGUGGCUAGGAGUAUCGAAAGCGAUAUCGACAAUCUAGUCUCGAUGCUGAAGGUGUGGGAUGUCUUUCCGGCGGGGAUUUUCGUCGAUAAUGUUGUGGCUGUGGCCAAGCGCGAACUGACGUGGGAGGUGGAUUAUAUAAGGGAGGCAGAAUAUACGGAACGGUUCGGAGAGAUGAUCCAGCAUAUGCCGGAGUUUCGGGUGCCCAAGGUGAUAAAGAGUCUAACUUCGCAAAACGUACUGACGACCGAGCUGGUCCCGGGGGUUCCCAUGGAUAAGUGCUUCAAUAUGAGCCAAGAACAUCGAAACCAUAUCGCACGAUGCGUGAUGAAUCUGUGUCUGAAUGAACUGUUCACCUUCCGCUGCAUGCAAACGGAUCCGAACUGGUCGAACUUCCUGUACGAUGCCGACACAAAGAAAAUAAUGCUGAUUGAUUUCGGAGCCACGCGUUUCUACCCGAAACCGUUUAUGGACGAUUACAUGUUGGUAAUUGAAGCCGCCACCAGAAACGACCGGCAACGGAUCCUGGAACUGUCCCGCAAGAUGGGAUUCCUCACCGGAUAUGAAACUCCAACCAUGGAAAAUGCUCACAUCGAUGCCGUCCUAAUUCUGGGAGAAGUGUUCAGCGUUGAAGGCGAGUUCGAGUUUGGAAGGCAAAGCACAACGAAGAAGAUUGCUUCCCUGGUUCCGGUAAUGGUUGCGCACCGGUUGUGCCCACCACCGGAGGAAAUAUACUCCCUGCACCGAAAGCUGUCCGGUGUCUUCCUACUGUGUGCUAGGCUGAAUGCCAAAGUCGACUGUAAACCAUUGUUCCAAGAAGUGCAUCAGAACUAUACAUUUGGAUAAGCUUGUAAAUAAAGAGGUUUUUUUUUUAUUGGUUUAACCUAAGUUUAUACAGCUAGCAAUCAA